CAUACUAAGUGGGUCAUAAUAUUAGGCAUAGCUCUCAGUACGAUGCAGUGCAGUCGCACAUUAUUGCGAGCAAGCACACUAUAAAAUGAAAAAAUUCCUCCUGCAAAACACACACACAUACUUGUAGUUGCUACUACGUACGUUGCACGCCGUCCACGGGGUCCAAAUCCAUGCACACGGUUAAUGCGUGUAUUGUGCGCAGGCCAGCUGGGACGAAAGAAGCAAAGAGAUCGACGAUGGUUGCUUGUUGAUGUUGGCCGGCGAGAGGCUCAUUCAUCGGGAUGGAAGAUGAAGACGAUGGCGGUGAGUGAGCGAGUAAAGCGCAGGACGAAUGAUUCGGGCGGGCUCGACCGGACAAUUAGACGAGUCGGCUGCAGCGAGUGGGUGAAAUGAGCGUGAUGCAAUCAAAGGAAAAUGGAGGGAUUGCAAGUCAUCGCUUGUUGCCGCGUCUGCAAGACAGCAAGCGGCCAAUUCCACUUGGGAAGAUUUACAAGGGGUGGCGACGGAUUUGCGUCCUGCCUGCCUGCCAUUUAUAACACGGCUGCCUGCGUCAGGAGGAAUUGAAAAGAAGCGUUUCAGACAUGAAGCUGAAGUGGGCAACUGGAAGUCUCUUUGUGCAGCCUUUGUUCACUCUGCCGCUUGUGGUGAGAUUUCAGCCUUUUCCGUGUCUAUGUGAUCUGCCCCGGCCGGGAAGGUCGCUACUGGCUGAUCAUAUGGAUUGUUUUGAAAAGGCAACGCGCCAAGCAGAUGGCGCUCAGCGCUCAUCUCGGCCAAUGGAACUCCAUAGUGCUUCCAAAGGAACAUCUGCCGCCAUCGUAAACCGGUCUACGGCACACGAGCGACCCGAUGUCGUUUGGCCAAACUGUUGCUUUGGCAUCUGCGCUUGUCAACGAGUAGCCACUCCACAUAGAUGUACUGUCACGGGCUGGCUCGUCGGGAGCGGAGCGGGGCGCCUCGGACUCCGUUCAUUUAUUCCGAUUCGUCAAGUGUGCCGCAACAUGAAGACAGCUGCUUCAAAUUGAUUGUCACACUUGCAGCCCAGUGGAGAGAAGGAAAUGCUUCAGUCCCAGCGGUGGCUUUGGUUUCAGCCAAACAGAAGGAAAAAGCUCCUCGUGGACCUCCUUCGUUCUCGGCCGCCAUCGCCAAAACGCAAGAACAACAAGCGAGAUCACAAUUUGGUUAACAUGCGGCGUUGGUGGACGGGCGUUCUGGUGGCCUUGAUCGCCAUGGCAACCCCGUCAACCUGCCAAAGCGGGGACGGCGAUUACGGCUCGGGCUUUGACGCGUACCCCGCCGUCACGGCCGCCGACGAGCCCGCCUCGGAGGAGACCUGCUCGGUCCGCUUCGGCACCCGGGGCGCUUCGGCCCGCCUUCUGAAGGCUCGCCGGGAGGAGGUGGCCUUCCUGCAGGCCAUCCAGCACGCCAACCGGGCGGUGAUCGAGAACCUGGUCCAGUACGUCGGGGCGGAGCUGGGGGCCGAGAGCUACGAGGACGUGAUUCGGGUCAACGUCGCCGGCGCCCAGGAGGAGCACCGGAGCUGCCGUGAGGUGCUGGAGAAGGCUGAGGAAGACCUGGAGAAGCAGCUUCAAGGGGAGCUGCUGGACACCCUCGCAGGGUUGCAGAAAAUCCGAGAAGAGUCUGCGGCCUUUGAGGAAAUGGUGCGGGCGGCCACGGACAUCGCCGGGCGACUCGAGAGCUCGUCGCAAGGCCUUCACGCCUCCUUCGCCAAACAGCUGAGGGACACCCUCCAAGGCCACGUUUAAGACUCGCCCCGUCGUUCCACGGACAGACUUUUUUUACCCCACCGCCAUUCUGACGAACUGCGCAACGAUAUUUUCCAUCCAUACGUUAUUGCGGCAAUUAGGAGAGAAAACAUAUGAAAGCCAUCUCCUGUGUCAGGUCUGUAGACGCUGUUAGUCUCCUCCGGAGCGAGGUGAAGCUCCGCCAUCUGGCGCUUCAUGUUGCCGCCGAGGCCGUGUCAUUAAAGAGGAACAAACCA